AUGUCGGCUCGGUAUCCGGACGUGGUGCCCUGCAUCCGGUCCUGGCUUUCAGAGAACCACGAAAGAAUCAUGAGCUUUUGGAUCGGAGCUCAGUGGGAGAAAUGGGCCCGUUAUGAGCUCUUCAUGGCUCUCGAGAAGUCGUUCAGCAACGAUUGCGUCGUUAUGCACGGGGUCGACAUAUGGGAGAAAGAUGAAGGGGAGGUGGACAUCUUGGUGGAGCCGCAUGAUGAGAGCAUGAGUGCUAUCGCUAUCAAGCUGAGGUGUGAGAAAGUUAGCGAGAAUGAGGGCAGCUAUGAGAGGUUUCGGGAUCAGAUGGACUCUGAUAUGGAUAAGGUUAAAGGCCUGGGUGACGUGGAGAACUCUUUUGAGGGUGCAAAGCUACUACUCAUCGGCUUUAGCGGAGAGCCAUCAGCGGAGGAGAGUGAGUUUAGAACAGAACCACAACCAGAACAUUUUGUGGCAGGGGAGGUUCAUUGUUGGGCCAUGGUUCACAACCUUUCGACUGGCAUAUGA